GAGAGAAGAACAGGAGAAGACGGCGGUGGAAAAUGAGGAAAAGGGGCGAGGUUCCAUUGCUGCAAGCUCAGCAACAGCAGUGGUCCCAGCAGUGCCAAACACAGUAGUAUCCAACAAAAAGGGAGAGUCCUUGCAGAUCACCGUAGACGACGGCAAUGAUGUAGAUCUGGCGGAGUUGAGAAACUGUGUGGUGACAGUCAAGGGCAUUGUGGGAGUUUUGCACGUACUACACUUGAUUUUCUAUUUCUUGCUACAUUUUUUAUAGGACGUAGUACCUCUCUCAUCAUGAUCAUAGAAUUCUGUUCCCAUGGACUGUUAUGAAGAAACCUGAUAUCAUGUCUUUCGUACUUCUUCACUGAGAAGAAAACUGCCUUCAAAUCAUCCAGGUCCGCAACGUCCUUUCCAGCGUCAUCGUUGUGGCCGACAAGAUUGGGGGCAGUUGCUUGCUCCACGACUCACAGGACAGCGUUUUCGAAUUCGCCAAUUUACAGCAGCUUCGCAUCCACACCUCUACAGCCUGCCUCUUUCGUGUACACAUUGCCAGUGGUCCGAUUAUUGAGGAUUGCAAGGAGAUUUUCUUUGCACCGGUAGAUAAAAAUACUUCUUCUGUUACGAAUAUGAACGACAAUAAUUCAACAGCAGUGAAGAUGGUCGAAGGAGCAGCAAAUAAAAAAGGUAGUACUGCUUCUGUCAAUCGCUGGGACGACGUCAAAGAUUUCAAAUGGUUGCGGCGUGAAAAAAGUCCCAACUGGGACAUACUCCCUGAAGUCGACGCUGCGGCAUUUGCAGCUUGGAUAGGGGAAGCACUGAAAACAGGGGACGAAAAGCCUUUUUCUGAUGCAGACAAUCGAUGGCAAGGUUGGAUCGAGAUGAGGAGAAAAGAAGUGCGUGAAACGCUUCCUGUUGCAAGUAGAACUCUUGAACCUGCAGUGGCGCCACCAGAAGUUACUAGUAGGGAUAACUCAGGGAGUAACGGAAAUACAAAUACAGCCAAUGAAGACGAUUCAGAAGAUGAAAUAUGAUGUAUUCGGGGUUGUUUCGUCUCAUGUGGAACUUUUUUGACUAUCUAAGGUUUACCCGCUUAUUUGUGUGUGGUUCAACAAUGAUGUUAAGACAUGUAUUUAGGUCAAAUGAAGAUCAUGAUGAAAGAACCUUUG